GAUUUUCUGCAGUCCAUUUACGUAUUUUUUUUUUCCUUCCGUCAUGACAAACGUUUAUUUUUUUCCUGAAGAUGGACAAUUUGUGCCGGACAGAGUAAGUUGACAUGAACAUUAAUUGUUUAAAUACUGUUCUUAACCACAUAUCUUAUAUAUUAAUGCUGAUAUUCAGUUAGCACGUUUUCAGUUUCAAACUUUAGCUGCCUAUUUUGCAAGAUUAGCUUAUUCCUCACUUUUGUUUUCUUAAGUUUUUGUAUGACUGUUUUUGAAUUCUUCUUUUGUUAUGUUAAGUAAAGUGUUAAAGGAACUAAUGUGGUUCUCAUAUUUUCCAGGGUAAAAUUAAAAGUGAACAGAACCCCUGAAGAGAUGAUUUGACUUUUGAGACGUUCUCAGCUGUUUCUGCUGUGGCUUAUACAGCACUGACUAACAGGCUUGGAGAAACUAAUGCAUUUGUCUGGAGAUGUGUAAAAGUUUGAGCUAUUUAGAAAUUUGUAAAUUUAUCUAACAUUGCAUAGUUCUAAUUGGAUAAAAUUUGCAUUCUGCUUUUGUCUUUCAUUUGAUCGUUAUUAGUAUUAUUCAUGUGUUUCUAGAUUUUUUUUUAAGUCUCUCCGGUUCACAUUGUAUUAUACUGCUAAAUUUUUUUUAUGAAUUUACUGAAAUUGGAAGACGAUGUAUAUAUUUUUGUACAGUUUAUGACUGUGCAUUCUUAUGACCUCGUCAACUUUGAUUAAUAGCUGUGCAGUUUAAGAUAAAAUUCUGUAGCAAAGGUGCACAUUCUCAUUGAUUCUAAGUUUGGAAAUGAUCAUUUGUUAAGUUUACACUUUUAUUUCAAGCCUGUUUAGAACUUUGUCCUUGAGCAAAAACACAAUCAGAUGUGGAGAUCAAGACAUGGAUCAACCUCUGACACAUGGAGGAGUAAAGAAGAUUGUUCUUCUACUAAAAGCUGAGCCCCACUGUAGCAACUUCCCUAUAGACCAUAGUAUAGUGGGAGGCAACCAGCACCUUGUUCCUUCGGCAGAACUGCAUCGUCAUCAGGCCCCCCCAUGGAAUCCUUUAAUUGUGAAACGCCACUCUCAAGACAACAGUGAUCGGGCUGGAGAGGAAUUUCUGAGAUGCCUUGCGGCCAACAAACCUCUACCAGACUAUCUGAAAGGGAAUAUGACAUACAAUUUGUUUGAUGCAUUGAAGUCUGCUAAAGACCUGAAAGAAGCAGUCAAAGGAGAUCCACAGUUCCAGAAGCAUGUUGGCAGGGACAAGAGUCGAAGCAGAAGUCAAAGUCGGGGCAGAAGUCGAGGGAGGUCUCGAGCCAAAAGCCGACCAAGAAGCAAAAGCAGGGGAAGAAGCAGAAGUACGGGAAGAAGCAAAAGCUGUGCACGUGGAAAGAGUCGAGCUAGAAGCAAAAGUAGGGCUCGCAGUCGGAGCCGAAGUCAGAGCAAGAAGAGUCACAAACGAAGUAAGAGCAAAGUCAGAAGGUCUAAGUCCCGUAGUGCCAGUAUUGAAAAAAAGAGGAAGAGGACCCCUGUGCAUAGUAGCAACAGCAGUGUUGGCAGUAGCAAUUUGACAGGAAACAGUUUGUUAGAAGGACUGAAGAUGGUCAUGAAGAGCAAAGAUUUGGAAGAACGGUUACCAGCGCUCAAAGAUGCCAUCCUUGGUAUUCAAGUUUUUGAUGAAACCAAAAAGCUGGAAAGUACCUCUGCUAAGUACAAGAUUGAGAAGUGGAACAGUCUGGACAAUAUAACAUCGAUGGAGAGCGACAGCAUGUUGCUGCCUCAUGAGAGAGUUGGCAGUGACUUUUCUUGGCUCAAUGACAAUGGUCAGGAGAACCUGUCCGUUCAGAAGGCUAGCGUGCUGGAGGAUGAGGAGUCUUUCUUGUAUGGGGCUGAACCACCUCAUAAUGGAGGCCAUGUCAAAGUGGAAAAAAACAAUUUUUCUGGUGUUGGCGGUCACCAGAACAAGUCCCUAUACAGUGGGCUUAAUUUGGUUGAUCCAACCCCCCCCCAACAGAUUUCUUUAUCGACUUUUUCCUCCGUCAGUCUGGACAGCAUAGAAUGUGAGAAAAUCAAGAAUAUAUUAAAUAGUCUGGGUGGAACAUCAGAUAUUGGCAAGAUGCUGAUGAAAACUCAAGGCCAAAAGGAGGGCAGUGAGGUGUCUGGUGCUCUAUUCAGUUCUGACACAGCAGCAGAGACACUGAGUAACCCAAAUGUACGGAAAGCUCUGGAGUCUCUUCAGUCUCUGAUCAAAGCAACAAAGGAGAAACGGACAAAAAGUAAUGACCAGUCCCUGACCUCAUCUGAUAAACACAAGUCAGAUGACCAUGGUGAUAAGAAAAGAGCUAAAAUGAAGCAAAUUGAAUCCUUAGCAGCAGAAAUGGAGGAGUUGCUCAGACACGAAGGGCUGGGUUUUAUUUCUCCAGUGGUUGGGUUUUACUGCCAGAAAUGUCAGGAGUUCAUUGGAGAUUUGAAUUCUGCUGAAAACCAUGCAACUUUCCACCAAAGUCGGUUGGACAAGCAUGCUAGAGACAGCAAAGGUCACAGCAGCAGCACCAGCAGCCAACCCUCCCAUUCAGCCUCCUGGAGUGACAGAGACCUUCAGCGGAAUUGGAAGGACGAGAAGGAGCACCGGAACAGCCAACGAGACAACAGGUCUGAGCAGGCAAACAUCUUCUUACAGGAAGAGAUGAAGAAGGAGAGGAUGCUCAUAACCGUCAGCAGAGGGCUAACGCCUCCACCUCAAAGUGUCACUGUGAAACAGGAGAACAAGGAGCACGGGAAAGGCAGAGAAAAACCAGACAGCAGUGAUAAAUCAUCCAAAACCAGCAGAGAGAAACACAAGGCGGAAAAUUUUGAGAGCUGUGACAGCAAUGAAGAAGACAAAUCACCUAAAGUCAAACAUUCUAAAAAGAAAAAGAAGAAGGAGAAAAAGAAGAAGAAGAAGAGUAAGGAUUAAUGUUUGUCGCAUACGGGUUUCUAGGAGUGCUGACACCGCUGCAGCUCAACAUUAAAACUUUCAGGUCUUAAAUUUCGUCAAGAAACCUUUCUGUAUUGUUUUUUUUUUUUUGUUGUUCUGAUCUGAGAAGAGUUCUCGUUAAAAAUUCAGCAUUUAUUUUGCUGCAUUAGUAAGUUCUCCUGCAUAGACAAGAAACACAGAGACGUAUCUGUGUGUAUGUUAUAGAGAGGGAUGUUGGUAGGAAUCACAACCUGGAUUGGAUUUUUGAGGCAGAUGGAUUUUCAGAUGUUUGUCUUUUUAUCUUUAUUCCUCAGUCUGUAGUUUUAAUGGAACUUGGUGUUGGCCGACAGUAGGAAGGACUCCAAAAUGUUAUACUGUCCUUGCUUUCUUAUUCCACCGCAUAAACACAUUGAUAUUUACUUGUUCCGUUUAUGUACUUUUACAUCACAACUGGCUAAUUGUUGUUACCUUUAUUAUGAGUAUUUUCCUAUUUUUAUCAGAACUCCCAACAUGACAUGUCUGUAUCUUGUGAUAUUGUAAAUAAAGAAACCAAACCUUUUUAAUAAAAUGUGUGGAAAAGUCA